UAUUGUAAGGUACAGAAUAUCAACAAAUUCAAUGAUAAUGCGCUAAAUCUAUUACCUUUUGGUAAUAUAAAAUAAACUAUGGGUUAACAAUAUCAUGGUGUAUAAGGAUCGUUACGAGAGAAACAAAUUUAAGAUUUGUUAUCAUCGGCGUUCCCCUCCUAUGUGAGGGACCGACUAGUUCACUAAGAGACGACUAAACGCUUGCAAUGCUUUCUACUGGCUGAAUCUACUCACAAUGUCUUCGAUGAGCAGAUCUCGCGGGAGUCUCUCCCCAGCACCCUCAGAAAGAUCAACAUUGCCUAUGGGUGCAUCUGCAGAGCCAGGAAGCCCAGAAUUCAAACAAUUAGAGCCAACCAGGGAAGAGUUACUUGCACACUUUUUUGAAAGAUUCAAGUUUUACACAUCAUUAUGCCUUGGGACAUCAGCUAUUCUUGCAGUGUUCGCUUUCCUGUUUCUGAUUCCGUUUGUAGUGGAGCCAGCUAUACAGACGAUUCUAGCAGAAUUCGUCCCGGAAGCUGGAAUUUGCGCAGUAUCAGAACAUGUUCAUGCAGAAACACUUACCAACUGUACAUGGGCAUCUUGUAGAGAAGGCUGCACGACUGCACAUACAAAAUGUCACAAGAUUCGAGUAAAUUUAGCUAGAAAACCUUUCGUUGAAAAUGCACCAGUUCCUACUGAAUGGGAUGAAACUGAUCUGAAGUUUCUUAUAAAUCCAGAAGGAUGUGGGUAUCCGCCGAAAGUGAACUGUUCUGUGUUUGCUAGCGAAUAUGCUGGGAAAAAAGCUCCGAAGGUGUUCCCAUGCUACUAUAGCUUGACGAGACACGAUCUGGUCGUUGCGAGGUAUUCUUGGGAUACGACUGUCCGAGGUUUGAUCCUGGCCCUGGUGUUACCUACAGCGGUCUUCGUGUUCAGUUUGAGUGUACUUGCAUAUUGGCACUGUCGCUGCUGUGAGAGAGCAUGCAAUAGACGAGUACACGCCGAAUCGUAUGCCAGCAAAGAGGAUAGCAAACUGCUUUGUGAGUUAGACGAUGACCCAAGUGAUGAUGUCUUCUGACGCCGAGCAUCAGCCGCCCGCCGUCGUGCCCCCUCCCGUACCGAAGGCUACACCCAGCUGUAAAUUUACGUAAUCGCUGCGUAAACGUCGCUUAAACGCUAUAUUAAAAUUGCGUAAACUUUGCGUAUAAACUGAAAAUGCGAACAGAAAGCUUUAAUCUCGAAUCUUCAUUUUAUUAUAUUUUAAUAUAAUAUUUUACUUAAUAUUGGAAUGGAACCGAAUUACAACGCAACUUAAAUAAAUUAAUAUAUAUUUAAUAUGCGUCGUAAAGUUAGUUUAUUAUAAUAUGAUAAUUAAUGAAGAUAAUUUUUAAUCAAUUAACUAAAGUGUAAUGGGGGAAAAGAAAAAAAAUAUCAGUAUUAUAUUUUAUGACAUUUUGGCGGGCAGCAUGGCUUAUUGCUUCAUGUUUAAAGAAAAUCAGGUGCAAAAAUUAUGAAAAAAAGCGUCUCUUUGUUCUAAAUUAUGAGCUAUGUCGGAUAGUUAGUAAGUUCACAUUACUUUGCUUCUGGAAAUGUGUGGAUUUUCCGGAUUUUGUACAAAAUUUAGCGUAAGUAUAAUAUACCAUGAAAUACAAUAAUUUAUAAUAAUGAUAGUGUUAAUAAUAAUUAUAUUCUCGUUAUAAAUAUAAGUAUAAUAUUUUUUCAAAAGUAGCAUCUCACGUGUUUGGGCUUGUUUGCAUAGAAUGUAGCCAAUUGAGGUCACUAAAAUUUAUAAGUACAGAAGAAAAAAGAAAGAAAAAAAUAUAUUUUACAGCAUAAAUACAAAAUUAUAU